AGACAGAAAGAGGGAAGUGGUGACACACUAGAGGACAGUAUCCUACUGUAGUGUGGGAUUACGGACACAUACCGACUGUUAAUGAAUUCAAAAGUCACUUGUUUCUUUCUGGAGUGAAUAUUGGACGUUGUGCGUCGUCUUUGUUGCUGUGAAGAGGAUCCACUAAAGAGGAAACCUAUAAGAAUAGAAUGAGAGGAUAAUGCUGUACCAGCAGCUUUGCUCCAGCUGUGUCUUUAUGGUUUAACUGGCAUUCUGUGUGCACCAGCUGUGUAAUUUGUUGAUCAGGAGCUUCAAAGGACGGUGUACCUCAAACCUGGUGGAUAUUAAUAAGAAGAGGUGAUGAAGCAUUUCUCUGAAGCAGUCUGACAGGAUGGCAUCACAGGAGAAGGAGCCUCCCCCAAACCGAGGUCCAACAGAUAGCCGUCUUAAGAGCAAGAAGCCACCCAGCCUAGUAAUCGCCAUUCCCCCUCCUGAAGUGACCAUGUCCCAUGACCCUGCAAAACAGCCACUGCGGCCAUCCCUGAAAAAAAGUGACAGUGGUCAAGCAACUGCUUCGGUGUCGGAGAGCACGAGUGGAGCCGGUGAGCAAGGGUUCUUAUCCAGAGACAGAAGAUCGAAGCUUGGACGACAAACAUCGUUGUCUCAAAGUAUCCGCAGGAACACAGCGCAGUGGUUUGGUGUCGGGGAAGACUCUGAGACCAAGCAGCAGGUAUGGCACAGGAAAAGCCUGCGUCACUGCAGCCAACGCUACGGCAAACUGAAGGCCCAGUAUAGAGAGCCGGACACAGCCACCAGCUUCGACCAGGGCCUGGACUCACCAGCCGCACACAAGAUGCCAAAGAUCAGGGAUCCCCUGGCCCGAGGAAGAGCCUUCCGUUGUCCUGAUGAGGUGGACAGUCGCUCUCCUAGGACACCCCACGCCACUCCUCAGGGGGCUCCCAUCACUCCGGGGGUCACCUCACUCAGCUCCUUCACCAGCCAGCGCUCCGGUUAUAGCCGCUUCCCCAGACGCAAGAGGGAGUCUGUCGCCCGGAUGAGCAUCCGAGCUGCAUCCAACCUGCUGAGGGGUCGCAGUGGUUUGGCCGGAUCUCUGACGGGCCGCAGUUUCCCCAGGAGGAGCUUUGCCAGGCCCAGCUGGAUGGACGAGGACACUGUGGACUCUGCAGACACGUCCCAGUCACUCUUUUUUAGCAAGGUCGAUGCCCAUGAUGAGCUGUAUUCAAUGGCCGACGAUGUCUUUGAAUCUCCACCCAUUUCAGCAUCUUUUGCUCCCUGCGAGCAGCCUGACCAAAAGUUCCCAAGCCUUAAGGACAUAUCUCGGACGCCCAGGACACCAACAGCAGUGCCUGAAAAAGGCUACCACCCUCGCCGGGGACGUCGCAUCGCCUCCCAAGUAAAGCACUUUGCGUUUGACAAACAUAAGCGUCAGUAUGGAAUGGGUGUUGUGGGGAAGUGGUUGAACCGGCACUACCGACGCAGCCUGAGCAGCAAUGUCCAAAAGCAGCUGGAGGACUUUCACAGCCACAGGCCGUACUUCACCUACUGGAUCACAUUUGUCCAUAUCGUAAUCACACUGCUGGCCUGCUGUACUUAUGGUUUUGCCCCUGUGGGGUUUGCACAGCACUCAACCACUGAACUGGUGUUGAAGAACAAAGGCAUUUAUGAAAGCGUCAAGUUUAUUCAACAGGAGAACUUCUGGAUUGGUCCUAGAUCUGAGGACCUGAUCCACCUGGGGGCCAAGUUCUCGCCAUGCAUCCGUCAGGAUAAGCAGAUAGUCAGUUUGAUCCAGAGGGCCAGAGACUUGGAGAGAGAGUCUGGCUGCUGCGUUCAGAACGACAACUCCGGAUGUGUGCAGACCCACAGAUCCGACUGCUCUGAGACGCUGGGCACGUACAUUAAAUGGAACAAUGAGCUUGUAGACUUCAACAUCAGCAGGUCUUCUGGUUCUGUCUGUCACCAGGAUCCCAGAGUGUGUGAAGUGCCUGCCUCUCAACCGCCUCAUACGUGGCCAGAUGACAUCACCCAGUGGCCGGUGUGCACAGAUCGCAAGACGGGGAACCAAACAGGUUUAAGACACAUGGACUGUAAAAUCAAGGGGCGGCCAUGCUGUAUAGGAACUAAGGGCAGAUGUGAGAUUACCACCCCGGACUAUUGCAACUUCAUGCAUGGUUAUUUCCAUGAAGAGGCCACACUGUGUUCACAGGUCCACUGUCUGGAUGACGUGUGCGGGUUGCUGCCCUUCCUUAAUCCCGAUGUUCCCGAUCAGUUCUACCGUCUGUGGCUCUCUCUCUUCCUCCAUGCUGGGCUCUUUCACUGUGCGGUGUCAGUGGUGUUCCAGAUGACCAUACUGAGGGACCUGGAGAAGCUGGCAGGUUGGGUCCGCAUCUCCAUCAUUUACAUCCUCAGUGGCAUCACUGGAAACCUUGCCUCUGCCCUGUUCCUGCCCUACAGAGCUGAGGUGGGUCCUGCAGGCUCUCAGUUUGGUCUCCUUGCUUGCCUGUUUGUUGAGCUGUUACAAGGUUGGCAGAUGCUGGAGAAGCCAUGGAAAGCCUUCUCCAAGCUGGUGGGCAUUGUCCUCUUCCUCUUCAUGUGCGGCCUCCUUCCCUGGAUCGACAACAUCGCUCAUAUCUUUGGCUUCCUCAGCGGCUUGCUGCUCUCCUUCGCGAUCCUGCCUUAUGUCACCUUUGGGACUUUCGACAAGUACCGGAAGCGUAUCCUCAUUGUUGUGUCGUUGUUGGUCUACAUCGGGCUGUUCUCAUCGCUCAUCGUUUGGUUUUACAUUUACCCGAUUAACUGGCACUGGCUGGAGCAUCUCACAUGCCUGCCCUUCACAAGCAAGUUCUGUGAAAAGUACGAUAUUGACCAUAACAUUAACGAUGUGGUUCACUAGUCACCAGUCUCCAUGUCAAAUAUACAAACACUGUCAGUGGUACUGAUCCAUUAGUUUCUAGCCAAUCUCCAGGUCAGUUGGCCUUUUUGAAAACACGGCCGUCGUGGUUUUUAGUCUCCAAGACCUGGUCAAAGUCCAUAUGAAAGGAAACUGAAUCAGACUUUUCAGCCUGCUGAUUUGCUUACUGCUUACUUCUACAAAACCUUUAAUCCUCAGUCGCUCUCGCAUUAUCGGAACCAGAGGACAGAAAAAAAUACUCAGGAUGUAAAAACUGCUGAAAGGACCUAAAGGGAAAUGUUAACAUACCAACAAAUAGUUCUGAUCUUUCACUUUCAUAACAACUCACAUCAGUAUAAAGAAGAAAUCCUGGCAGCCUCAGGUCCACAAUAGCUUCUCACCUUAAAUUAUAUGGACUGCAAGCGGAUUGAUGUCAUAGCGGCGAAUAAGGAUUUCAUGUUGCUGCGUAAAUUGAGACACUUCAGACGAUUCUCCUUCUUCUGUGACACACGCGACGUCACAGAAUCUUCCAACGCGUUAUGCCUUUAGUGGCGACAUGGAAGCAGACCAGCGAGAAUCAGCCCACACUGGAGGACCACAGCGUCAGGCUGGUAUAUCUAUGGCUUUAACACCGCAGAGGAUGUUAUUCAGUGCUGCAUUUUUUUUUUUUAAGUCACGGAAUGUUCUCUUCUCAGAGUAAAAGUUGUCUCCUAUCUUUCUUUUGUGCACAUACAAUCGUGUCAUAGUGGUGAACUGAUAUGCUAUGUGUAACACACAGGUAUUGGCUGUGCAGCCGGAAUAAUGAGCGUGAAAUAUCACGGACAUCUGAGGCCAGAUCUUUUGGUUUUAAAUCACUAGUUGCCUUAAAAGGGACUGUGCCAUGUAUGCAGAUGUUUUGCUCUUUUUUACACAGCUUGUGAUCAGUUAACUGAAUAACGAUGAACACAUUUCUGACCCUGAACUACCAAAGCAACGCCACAUGCUGCUUCUAUAUGCAUGUUGUGUGUGUGUGUGUGUGUGUGUGUGUGUGUCAGUGUGUGUCUCACUGACACAAAGUGGUGCCUAAACCUUUUUUUUUUUUCAGAUUUAUUCUGAAAAGAGACAUCAUAAUAAUAAUAUUUAUUCUAGGAGUAGAGUAGUUCUCUCUAAACAGGCAUCUUUUUGUUUCGUUUUUCUACUGUUUUUUUUUAUAACCGUUUGAAACAAACUAAGAAUCACAAGACGUUUUUUUCACCAGAGCCUUAAUAUAUUUGUGGAAUUUACUGUAAAAGGCUCGUUGGCACUGUACUAAACAAAACCAAUGCAAGAAAAAAUGAUUUACUAUCACUUCUUACUUAACUCUUUUAAUUGUAAUGUUUCCACAGACACACGCGUGAACAGUGUACACCCCGUCUCUGUACUGCACGCUACUACUCUAGUCUAGCAGUUGCUUGUUUUUGGGUUUUUAGUCUCUGACCCACAAUAGAUGACCACUGUUCCUGUGGGUCCCUGAUACUGUGACUAAUAUAAAAAGGAUUUCUGGAGUCUUGACUCCUGGUUUUGAUCGUUGUCUUGGACGCCUGCUGUUAGUGUGAAGGAUUUUACUUCGGAGUUAGUUUUAGGGGCUGCUUUGCUGAUAAUCUGGUGUUGCCCGAAAAACAUGCAGAACAAGUUCUUUCUGGACCGAUUCAAUAUUUUGAACCACUUUUUUUUAAAUCAACUGUGUUUCUAUGGUAAAAGUCUUCAUUUUCCAUUUAGUGGUGGCUCAAAGUGCGAUAGUGACGUCGUCCUCUCCUUUUAGGGAACCUCCUUUUCUGUGCCUUUUGACGUGUGAAGGUGUUCAUGUUUGACCUGAACCACAACAACUCACAUCAUCAGUAUGCAGCGGUCACACUUCUGUGUCUGCACUGGGACCAAACUGUUUCACCCCUUUUUUUUCUAUACAGUGGAAUAAAAAAAAGGGACAUUUUAAAUGAAUUUCACCACAUGGUGACGGUACUUUUCUCGUUUGCUUCAGUUUUAUAUGUGAAAAAAUCUCU